GCCAUGAACUACAAUACUGUCUCACUGUCAAGAAAGAAAAGAAAAGCCAUAAAACAUGCCAGCAGCCGUUGGCCACAAGAUGAGAUACCAUAUGAAAUUAUUCCUGAUCAGUUUAACGAUGAGGCGUUAGAUCUAAUCUACCAAGCCAUGCAUGUUUGGCAGCAGUACACUUGUAUCAAGUUUAGACCUGUUCACUCUCUCGACAGAAAUUAUAUCAAAAUCAUUAACGGGACUGGUUGCUAUUCACAAGUUGGAAUGAUUGGAGGCCCACAGGAAGUCUCAUUAAAUACAGCUGAUUGCAUCAACCUAAAUUUUAUUACGCAUGAACUGGGACACGCAAUUGGAUUCUUUCAUGAACAAAAUCGCCCAGAUAGAGAUCAGUUUGUCACAAUAAUUAUGGAAAAUGUGGAAAACGAGUAUAAUUAUAAAAUAUCCUAUGAAAUUGACACUUAUGGCGUGCCAUACGAUUAUAAAAGUCUUAUGCAUUACAGCGGGGAUGGUAAAAACGGGAAAAUUGCCAUUCAAACAAAGGAUCCGUCUUUUCAAAACAUUAUUGGAAAAGCCAAUGGAUUGAGCUUUAAUGAUAUCAAACUUGCCAAUCUGAUGUAUAGAUGUAAUCGGAAAUGCCUUAUCCCGCUGAGGUGUCAAAAUUUUGGCUUUCAAGGAAAGGAUUGUAAAUGCUGGUGCGAAGGAAACCCGGUUCAACGUUGCUAA